CUUUCUCUCUCUCUCUCUUCUCUCUCUCCUUUACUGAUACUUGCUACCACUACCACUACCACUACCACUACUGCCACAGUACGACUAUCCUACUGCAAAGUGCUGACUGCUACCACCGCACUCACUUGACCCUUUCCUCUCAUAAGCGAAUACGCACUCACGAUCAAACAAGCUCUGCAUACCCUACCUUGUUUCCCUUUUCUUUCCUUCUUAUAUCCUUUUGCAACCCCUUUGCCCGCGCCCCCCCCUCCCCUCCCCCAAAUAAGCCGAAUCCCCCUCGUGUAUACCCACCAAAACCUACAACUUGGCAUUUCGCAAUCCAAUCUUAAAAAAGAGACGCACCUUUUUUUUUUCAUUCUCUUUACGUUACCACUACCCUACUAUUACUCUUUUCUUCUACAACCAUUAUAUAUUAUCAUGACAGCCGCCACUGUAGCGCCACCACCGGCCAUUGUCGCCAGUGAAUAUCAGCAGCAGCAGCAGCACUCACAACAGCAACGAGAACCUGAAGUUCUGACACGCCGCUCCCCAUCCGUUCGGUCAUCCUCCAACCAUGAUUCAAAACGACUGUCCCUUUCACGAGACCCCUCACUACAACGACACGGCAGCAACCAAAGCCAAACGAGUUCUCUGGACAAUAAAAAGCGACGAAGCCAGGAAAGCCUGGUCAGCCGACGACAAUCGGAACGACGUAAACCCAUUCGCAUUCAUAACUAUAUAAUCAACCGGAAAACGAUUGGUGCAGGCAGUAUGGGUAAGGUCAAGCUCGCAGAGUGCUUGACGGAUACAGACCGACAACAGUAUGCGGUCAAGAUCAUGCCCAAAGUGAAUUUGGCGGCCAUGGCCGAUGCCAACAGUAACAAGGCUAAGGAUCCAAAGGAUACGCCCAAAGAGCGGGAGCAGCGGACUGUACGGGAGAUGGCGAUGAUGCAGCUGCUGAGACACCCGAAUAUCUGUCAGCUCAAGGAAUGGAUCAACGAAGGCGACUAUUACUACAUGUUUCUUGAGUAUGUGGACGGCGGUCAGCUGCUCGACUACAUCAUCAGCCACGGCAAGCUGCGCGAGAAGCAAGCCCGAAAAUUCGCCCGACAGAUUGUCAGCGCUUUAGACUACUGUCACCGAAACUCAAUUGUCCAUCGAGAUCUCAAAAUAGAAAAUAUCCUGAUCACCCGCGACGAAGACAUCAAGAUCAUUGAUUUCGGCUUGUCCAAUAUCUACUCGCCCUCGCGUCUGCUGAGCACAUUCUGCGGCUCGCUUUACUUUGCUGCACCGGAGUUGCUGCAGGCACGACACUACACCGGCCCCGAAGUCGAUGUCUGGAGUUUUGGCGUCGUCCUCUAUGUCCUCGUCUGCGGCCGGGUUCCCUUUGAUGACACGAGUUUACCUGCGCUCCACGCCAAGAUCAAGGCUGGCCAAGUCGACGGCUUUCCCGAACAUCUAAGCAAAGAUUGCGUUGAUCUGUUGACCAAAAUUCUGGUUGUCGACCCGAAGCGAAGGGCAACCCUUUCCCAAGUACGCGCGCAUCCGUGGAUGAACAAGAGCUACGAUGAACCCAUCCAGAACCAUAUUCCCCACAGACAAGCAUUGGACGCAAUCGACAUGGACAUUGUCGCCGGCAUGGGCGGCUUUGGCUUUGGCGAGCCCAAAGAUAUUUAUGCCAAAUUGGAGUCCUUGAUUGCCAAUUCCGAAUACCGCAAUGCUGCCUCGCAGGUCGACCAAAACUACCAGCAGAAUCUGCUGCACCAAGGCUCUUCCAACAAGCCACGUUGGCGCCGGAGCCUAAGAAGCAAGCGUACAUCCCAGAUCCAAGAUGAUCCACAGUCCUUACCUGCCAUGUACGAGCCGUUGGUAUCCAUCUACUACCUUGCCAAAGAAAAGAAGGAGUACGACAACCGGCAACGUCAGCUCAAGCGAGCUCAAAUGGCUUCUGCUCAGUCCACACCCAUUUUGAGACGUAGCAACAGUACGAUUGCUGCUAGCACCAGCUCGCGUAUCGACACGGGCGGAUUAACGCGACGCAAGACAGAUCGAACCCCGAGCACCCCGAGACUUAAUGGUAACAACGGCAACAGUAUCAAUAGCAACAGUAACAACAGCAACAACAACAGCAACAACAACACAAGCUCGAAAGGUGUCACCCGGUCGGGCAGUGUUCAUUUCCCCACGCGUUCCAACAGUGCCCGUGGCGCAUCCUCAGCCCUUUUGGCACGAAGCAAGAGCGCUGCUCGCAAGAUUGGUGCCAUGUUGCCCAAUACAAAUAUCCAGCGACAGUCAUUGGAUAAUUCGUCGGACAAGGCACUGCCACCUCUACCCAGUAGUCAGGCAAACAAUGAAAAUAAUAAUGCUGCCAAGAACAACGGCAGCAGCAGCGAUAAUGAUCAUGCAGCUGCGUCUGAACCCAAGCCAACAUCCUCCCUUUCGACGCCUCUCAAAAAGACGUUCCAGCAACUGCUCAAGGUUGACAAGGAUGGGCCCGAUAAGCAGAGACCAUCAUGGCGACGACUUUCUAUCAGUCGUCAAUCGAAAUAUACCCGCGGUUCCAUGGAAGCAGCCAGUGCUGUCGAGCCCAUGCCUCCAGCCCCAACCCAAAGCAAAUCGUCUUCUGCUGCAGCCAGCAAUGGUCGAGUGUCCGAAUCGGGUGAUGCGCGAGACGCAGAUAUGGGGCCCAUGCCCAAGCUAGGAGCGCAUCCUAAGAGUCUUUUCAACUUUAACCGACGCCAUCUGUUUCGCAGCACGCCUCAAAAGCUGAUGGAUGACUUGAACGGUCUCUUGUGGUUGAUGAACAUCAGAACUCAACAAUCAGUUUUGGAACCCUUCGUUUUAGACUGUGAAUGCGAUUAUCCAGAUUGGCUCAAGUUUCUGCAUAAGCCCAACGAUGCCGAUUCCGGACAAUCCAGCAACAUUGAUGCAGAUUCGGAUUUGGAAGGAGAGCCUCUACGGUUCACGGUCAUGAUCUAUCAGGCACGCUGGGCCGGUGGCCGAUUGGGUGUCAAGGUCAAGGAAGCAGAGGAUGAAACUACCAAUAGCAGUGCAUCCAAGAUUUAUCGUAAUUUGUACCACACUAUCCUUUGUGAACUUGGCAAGGUAGCAGGACGGACACAAGCAUAAUUAUUAUAAUACCACUACCAUCAUCACCAACACCGUUAGUACAUAGUACUAGUACUUAGUUAUUAAUAUCCUCGCAGUAUUAUCACCUUUUGUACCUUUCUUUUUCCCCCACUCGAAUCCAACCUAUCCACCGCCAUCCACCAACAGCAGAUCGCUUCCUAUUCUAUCUAUCUAUCCAUAUUCUAUCACAUAUAUACUUUAUAUUCACUUUUAUGCUAUAUCAAAAUAUCAAGCAUCAUAAUCACGAAGAAUGACGCUG